AUGGAUUCGGAAGAAUACGGAAGCCUUUUGAAGAUGCAGUUCCGCUAUGCAGGCAAGCGAAUCGUCGAUCAGCACCGCCAAGUGGCUGUGUGCUCUGGACAAAGUCAGUUUCUGGAAGCGUUCGGCAUUCCUGUUAUUGACGUUCAUGUUCAAGAGAAACAGUGGCUUGUUCUGAGCGAGCUAUCACCGGGGAUGACAAUGAUGAAGGUCUGCCUGGACAUGUACGUUCAUUUCAAUCGCGCGUUGCCGAACCACCAGCAAUUUGUCGACCAAACGGGCUAA